AUGAAUGAAGCUAAAGAAGGUAUAAAAAUAGAGUUACUUCGUUUAUGUCCACCUGUUUUGAAUUACAAUAUUUGGAAUUUAUUUAAAAUUGAUAAUAUAAUAAAUGAUAAUAUUGAAAAAAAUAAAAAUGAUGAUAUAAACAUAUCAAACGAAUUUAGCUUAAGUCUUCUUGUGAAUUCUAAAAAAAUUUAUUUCGGUCAGAAUUUCAAAUCAUAUAUUAAUGUCUCAAAUAAUUUAAAAAAUAAUAUCACAUUAACUUUAAUAAAUGUUGAUAUUAUGAUGAAGCAUAAUACAUUUAAUAUUUAUAAAAAUACAGGACAAAUUAAUGUUCUACCUAACUCAUUUUUCGAUUUUAUUACUUCAUUUCCAGUUGAUUUCCUUGAUAUUUUUACAAUACGUUGCGUUGUAGAAUAUAUCAAUGGAAACGAUAAAAAAAAAUUAAAAAAAGAUUUUAACUUCAUUAGUAAAAAUCCUUUUAGCUUAAAAACGAAUAUAUUACAUAAAAAGGAUAAUUUAUAUAUAGAAGUGGUAGUGAAAAAUAUAGAAGAGGAUAAUAUAAUGAUGAAUGAUCUUGUAAUAAAAGAUUUAAAAUAUGAAUUAAUUAAAUAUGAAGAAACAUUAAAAGUUCAUAAUGGUAUUUAUUAUUUCAAACAAAAUGAUGAAUACUCAAUAAUUUUUUGUGUAAAAGAUGAAGAAAGUAAAUUAAGUAUUUUAAAUUCUCUAAAUGAUGAAAAUAUAGCGAACAUAGAAAUAUUAUAUUUUACAAGAUACGGUGGUAAAGGUGUGAAUAAUUUACAUUAUCUAAAAAAAAAAAUGAUUACAGACAAUAUUAGAAUAUACUUAAGCAAACCAAAAGAUAUAUUUUAUAAGGUAAAUAAGAUUUAUAUAUUUGAAAUUGUAUUUGAAAAUAAUACAGAUAUAAAUAUUCUACUAGAAAUAUUCAUACAUAAUAAUGCAAAUAUUCAUGUGGUGAACAAUUUUGUAAAAAUUCACAUGAUUGAAAAAAAAAAGAAAAUAUCUCAUUUUUUUAAUGUUUUAUUUAUUAAUCCAGGAAUUCAUUUUUUUAAUAAAAUUACUAUAUAUAAUAAAACAACUAAAAAAAAAAUAGAUUAUAUUAAAUUGUUUAAAUUAUUUGUUAAAUAG